AUGUUUUCUAAACCACCGAAUUCCCCAGGCCUCCUCGGGACGACCCUCCUCACCCUCGCCGCCCUCACAAGCUCAACCUCGGCAUCCACAUCCCCAAAAUGCGACCCUUCAACCUUCACGUUCCCCUCCAUCCCAGGCCUCCAACACAUCAAAACAACAGCCGUCCAAGUCCACAACUACACCUCCUUUCCAAACCGCCUCUCUGAAGCGUCCCUCGCGACAACAUCCGCCUCCGCAACCGGCAUCCCCCCCUUCUGCAACGUCACAGUCUCCUACACCCACCCAGGCCACGACGACCUCGUCAACGUACACGUCUGGCUUCCCCUCGAGAAGAGCGCGUGGAAUGAGCGGUUCAUGGGGUUAGGCGGCGGCGGGUUCGUUGUCGGGGAGGUAGAUGGCGAUGGACCGAGUGCGGCGGUUCAAGAAGGGUAUGUUGCUGCUGUCACGGACGGCGGACACCUCGCGAGUUUGCGGCCUGAUGUGUGGGCUUUACGAGGCCCGGGGAACAUUGAUUGGCCUUUGCUGGUCAACUUUGGGUACAGGAGUCUGCACGAGCUCGCUGUCGUGGGGAAGGCCGUGCUGGGGGCGUAUUAUGAUGCUGAGGAGAGGUAUAGCUACUUCAAGGGGUGUUCGACGGGCGGACGGCAGGGGCUGGCUGUUGCGCAGCGGUAUCCGGGGGAUUUUGACGGGGUGUUGAGUAUGUGUCCGGCCGUGGAGUUCCCUGCUAUGGUGACGUCGUUGUAUUUCCCGCAGUUGGUUAUGCGGUGGAGGAGGUAUUGGCCUUCUGGGUGUGAGUUGGGGGCGAUCGUGAAGGCUGGGGUUGAGGCGUGUGAUUUGGGUGAUGGGAGGAGGGAUGGGGUUAUCGGACGCUUGGGGGAGUGUGGGUUUGAUGUGAGGACGGCGGAGGGGAGGGAGUUUAGUUGUGAUGGGAAGGAUGGGAAGAAGAUUGAGGGGAGGGUUUCGAGGGGGGCGGUUGAGGUUGUUGAGGAGGUUGUGGGGGGUGUGCUGGAUGAGGAGGGGAGGGAGAUGUUUCCGAGUUAUGUUCCUGGGACGCAGUUUGCUGGGUUGCUUGCCAUGAUGAAUAGUGUCUGCGAGGAGGAGACGGAUCGGACAAGGUGUGCAGGUGUGCCGUUCUCCGUGACGGAUGAAUGGAUCCGGCUGUUCAUCGAGAAGGAUCCGGCAUUUGAUCCGGCGUCGAUGUCGCGGGAGACUUUCCGGGACGUCUUCCGGCGGGGAGUUGAGGAGUACGAGUCCGUCAUCGGGACGCCCAUCCCGGAUCUGAGAAGAUUCAGGGAGCGCGGGGGGAAGGUUCUCAUGUGGCACGGUAUGGCGGACCAGGCUAUCUCUAUCAAGGUCGGAAGGGGACUGUAUGAGAAGGCCAAGGGGAUCGAGGCGAAGCGCGGAGUUGAGAUUGAGGAGUUUUGGAGGUAUUUUGAGGUUCCUGGGGUGAAUCACUGCGUUUCGAUGUAUGGAGCGCCGUUUCCCUGGAGUGCGUUGGAGAAGUUGAGGGCGUGGGUCGAGAAGGGUGUUGCGCCGGAGCAGUUGGAUGCGAGGGGGUUCAAGAUUGGAGAGGAUGGGAAGGUGGUUGUUGAUGAGGAGGUUAGAAGGAUUUGUCUUUAUCCGGAGGAAGGCGUUUGGAAUGGGAAGACUUGGGUUUGUGUAAAGCCCGGAGAGAAGAUUGAGGUGAUCGAGGAGAAGGAGGAACUUUGA